AGCCAAGCUGUCACUACCAGUGGGCCUUAUCCAUUUUUCCUAUCUGAAUUCUAGUCGGAGACGAAAUCCCCUGCGUCGUCCGUACGCCACCGACAUCCUUCCGCCGCCGACCUCCCACCUCCGCCGCUAUGCAUCUAAAACCCUUCCUCGGCUGGGUCCGAUCAAAUCUCACGCCAAAACAAAUCUCACGCGAACCAACCACCGCAAUUUCGUCGCGCAAUCACAGCAAUCUCAUCGCAAGCAACGCUCCGCCCCUCCUCCGCCGCAGCUUUCCGAUCUGCAGAUCCGGCGGCGCGCGGAGCCAUGGCGUUGCAGCAGCAGAACAACCUUCCUCGCGCAACUACUGCAGCGCAAGGGAUGCGCUGCCUCUCCUGCACCGCAGCUGCGUUCCGCCCAGCAAAUCCGGCGGGGCGCGGCGCGAUGGCUCAGCUGCCGAGCCUUUCUCCCCCAACCACAGCAGCGCAAGGAAAGCACUGCCACUCAUCCGCUACAGCGUCUCGGCCGGCAGGUCCGGCGGCGCGCGGCGCCAUGGAGUUCGAUUACUUCGACGUCAUCGACUUCGAGGCCACCUGCGAGCGAGAUUCAAGAAUCUACCCGCAGGAAAUUAUCGAGUUUCCUGCGGUCCUCGUCGACGCCGCCAACGGACGCAUUGUCUCAUCGUUCCGCACAUACGUGAGGCCUCGGCACCACCCGCGCCUCACCGCAUUCUGCUCCGAGCUGACGGGAAUCCGGCAAGAUCAGGUCGACGGCGGCGUGGAUGUUGAGCAGGCGCUGGCGAUGCACGACGCGUGGCUGACGGAGGCGGGCGCCGCCAAGAACCGCCUCGCCGUCGUCACUUGGGGCGACUGGGACUGCCGCACAAUGCUUGAAUUUGAAUGCAGCUUCAAGGGCCUCACCAAGCCAUCCUAUUUCAACCAGUGGGUCAACCUCAGGGUACCCUUCGAGGCAGCGUUCGGCGCUGGGCGGCGCAACCUUCAGGAGGCAGUCGCGGAGGCGGGUCUGCAGUGGAACGGCCGCCUCCACUGCGGGCUCGAUGAUGCCCGCAACACGGCGCGCCUCCUGGCAGAGCUGAUGCAGCGAGGGGUGACCAUCUCUAUCACCGGCUCUCUGGCGCCACCGCCUCAGCCAGAGCCGCAGCCGCAGCCGCAGCCGCAGCCGCAGCCACAACUUCAGCCGCAGCAGCCUCCAGUGAAUCAUAGCUUAAGCUCGUGCUUCAGUGGCGCUGUUGCUGCAGACUGCUACUGCUACUGCGGCAUGGCUAUCCGAAGAGGGGUGAUGGCGAUGCCGGGGCCAAUGCAAGGGCAUUGCUUCUUCAUCUGUGGCAAUUGGACGCCAUCUUUGGGGCCGGUGUGCCCUUUCUUUAUCUGGGCGACCUGAUUGCCAGCCGUCCGCACUCCAUUGCGUCUUCGUCAAUCUUCAUUAAGGAAUCUCCCUGUCCCUGAUGAGAUCAAGCUGCGAGUUACUUCCCCGCCUGUUCAGAUGCAUCGUCAUCCAUGAAAAGCUAAGUUUCUGAUAUCUGCCCCUUGCCCAAUUCAAACUAUAUCUUUAUAUCUUGUUUUCUCUUUUCCAACCUUGAAUCUGCAAUUCUUUAGCCAUUCGAUAUCAUUUUCAUUCAUGCCCCCCAGGGUAUAUGUUUGCGCCUGCACAGUCAGCUAUAGAAGCAAUAAUUAUCUCAAUAUCUUUUUUUAGGUAGCUUAGUGCUAUUACAUGUAAUUUUUUCACUCACCUCCUCACCAUUUACUGCACCAUUCAUCUUCCAUUGCAUUAUUACAUCAUAAUUUGCAGUAGGCUACUCAUCGAAUGCAUAUCUGUUUCCUCUCUUUGCAGUAGGCCAUUCAUAUCCUGAUACUAGAGUUCUGAUACUAGCCAUCCUUUUGCAUGGUCCAGUCUCAGUUACAUGUUAUUACUAAUCAUUCUUAUACUAGUGAGACUUUAUCCUUAAUUAUAGUUGCUAAUAAUUAAUGUUAAUAUGCCUGUAAGAUGGAUGUCAUUUAGCUAAUCUGUUCAUUUGCCUGGGAUCACAGACCACCAUUCUUUCUAGAGUUCUGUUUUCCUAUAUAAUAGCAGAAUUUACAGUUGCUAAUCGUUGAUUAGACAGUUCAAAAUUGCAUAAUCUGCAUCUAAGAUGGCUGCCAUUUAGCAAAUAUGUCCAAUUUGGUCGGGAUCACAGUACUGCCAUUCUUUUUAGAGUUCUGUGUUCCUACACGGUAGCCUACAUAGCCUAAUACACUAAUCAAAUUGUCAUUCUUUCUUUUACAUCUACUCUUUACUAAUCAUCUACAGCUCAUGUGGUUGGUCUGGUCAUAAUGUGAAACAAUGUAGUGUCUACUCUUUAUGACCAUGUAUAUCAAUUCCUGUCUUUUUGUGUUUGUACACUGCAAGUUAAUGCCAGUCUUUUUGUUUGUAUCAUCAGCACAACAUCUUUUUAUCCCACAAAUUUAUAUUUCCCCCCCUUUUUUUACAGAUGGUACCCUACUACAAGGCUCGUCAAUUCGAUACGGAGUGAGUUGAGAUGGCACAUGCUACUUGGCAUCCAGGAGGGACUUCAGGAUCGCCUUGUGCUCCCUACGGUGUUAACAAUGGUUGAUUCCAGCUGUGUGAUGCUGACUGUAUGGGCACUUGAGAAGGUUUUCAUUCAGCUGAUCAUGACGUGGCACAGCAAGCCAGGGGUUGACUUAGAUCACUUCUGCUAUUCGCAUAUAUGCACAUCUAUAUUCUGUAAUGUUCAAGGAGUUUGAUAUGUCACCUAUAAAAUUUGCAGUCGGUGCACAUAUAUUUGUGUUGACUCUGUACUGUGUAAAUUUGAAAUCUGCAAUUUGUGUGGACAUCUAGAAUUUUGUAUUGAAUCGGAUACUUUUCGCUUUUGUUUGA